CUCAGGUCUUGCUCUUUAAUGGAGGCCGCAAUUAUCAACUUUAUUUCUUUCACCUUCUUUCUUUCUUUCUUCUUUUUAGUCCAUACACAGUGGAAGAAGAAGGCAAAAAGCAGUGGGAAACUGCCGCCUGGCCCGUGGAAGCUGCCUAUCAUCGGGAACUUGCUCCACUUGAGUGGCUCGCUGCCCGCCCACCGGCUCCUUAGCGAUUUAGCCAAAAGGUACGGCUCCUCGUCGGGCCUCAUGCACCUUCAAAUUGGAGAAAUUCCAGCUGUGAUCGUGUCCUCGCGAGAGAUGGCUAAAGAGUUCCUAAGAACUCACGACCUUGCUUUUGCGAGCCGCCCAGAACUUACGGCCACCAAGGUACUCUUCUACAAUUGUUGGGAGGUUGCGUUCUCUCCGUACGGAGAUCUCUGGAGACAAAUGCGCAAAAUAUGUGUGACGGAGCUCCUCAACGCCAAAAUUGUCCGCUCCUUCAGCUCCAUCAGGAACGACGAGAUCCAUCGUCUACUGGCUCACAUCCGUUCAUCUUUGGGGAGGCCACUCAAUAUGUCUCAGAGAAUCGCCUUGUUUAUGAGCUCCCUUACAUGCAGAUCCGCAUUGGGUAGGGUAUUCACUGGGAGAGAGGAAUUAGUUGAGCUAUUGGAAGAGAUGUCGAGCUUGGUGGGAAGCUUCGAGUUCGCUGAUGUGUUUCCCUCCUGGAAGCUUCUUCACUCCGUCUGCGGGAACAAGAAUAGGAUGCUGAAAAUUCACCGUAAAGUAGAUCCAAUUAUCGAGAACAUCAUUAAAGAGCACGAAAAGAAGUUAGAAAGUGGCGAGUUAGGGGGUGAUGAUGAAGGUGAAGAUAUAAUUGGUGUCCUCGUCAAACUUGAGAGGAACGGAGGCCAUCAACUGCCUAUCACCCACGAAGUUAUCAAAGGCGUAUUCCUCGAUAUUUUUGCAGCAGGAACCGAGACAUCAUCAACAACAAUAGUGUGGGCAUUGUCGGAAAUGAUGAAAAAUCCUAGGGUGUUUUCGAAAGCACAAGCUGAGGUGAGAGAAGCUUUUAGAGGGAAAGAGAAGUUGGAGGAGGAAGAUAUGGAGGAAUUACUAUACUUGAAAUCAGUGGUCAAAGAAACUUUGAGGUGUCAUCCUCCGGUUCCUUUGUUAAUUCCCAGAGAGUGCAGGGAAGAAACUGUGGUGUGCGGAUACACCAUACCGGUCAAAGCAAGAGUACUUGUUAAUGUGUUUGCCAUCGGCAGGGAUCCUCGGUACUGGGAGGAUCCAGAGAGUUUUAUACCUGAGAGAUUUGAAAACAGUUCAAUUGAUUUUAUGGGGAACAACUUUGAAUAUUUGCCGUUUGGCAGUGGAAGGAGAAUAUGUCCAGGAUUAGCAUUUGGUUUUACCAAUUCUCUAUCUCCUUUAGCACACCUGCUUUACCACUUUGAUUGGAUGUUACCUCCUGGAAUUACUGUUGAUACAUUUGACAUGACAGAGACGGCUGGAAUAUCUGUAGGAAGAAAGACUGAUCUUGUCUUGAUUCCUGCUACUCCUAUUAAAUAGGAAA